AUGAGUGAUCAGCGCUGCGAUAUCGCGUCCUCUGGUGACGCUAUAGAAACUUUGAAACUGAAUCGAAAAGUACCGCUGACAGCAGGGGCAGCCAUCUCCCUCUCAAUUGUUUGCAUCGCUUUAACGCUGCCCGGAGCUGAACUGACAAUCCCGAGCCAAAAAGAAAAAUCGCAUUCGAUGAUGCUCUCAUUGAGUACGAAUCAAUCCCACCCGUCAACUCAACAAGCUCCACCUUGCUUCGAUUAUUUUGUAUUCGUUGUGGAUAAUUCGAAUGUUACUGCUUCCAAUUAUAAUAAGAUCGUGCAAUCACUAACAUAUAUAACAAAUAAAUGGAAAUUAAAUGAAAAAUUGCAACUCACAGCCGCAACUGCUGCUGGUGAUUCGACCGAGGCGAUGCCUUUCACAAAGAAUCUCACAGAGUGGAAGGAGCUGUUGAUUGGUUUGAUCAAUACGCUGCCAAGUUCCGACCCUGCAACGACACCAAUUCAACUUGCGGAUGGUAUCUCCUUUGAAUAUUGCGACAGUGAUAGUGAAUUCAAGAUCGCACAAGGGGGAAGUGUCAAAUUCAUCAUCUUUACAUCAUUCAGCUGUGCCAAUAUCGCUGGUUUCCAAUUGUUAGCACUGAAGGCGUACGAAAGUGAAUUGUUAUGGUGGAAUUUUGAUAAACUUUAA